AGGCUGAAAAGGGCUUGCUUUAAAAUAGAGACCAUGGCUGGGAGAGUCCACGGAACACCCCAAGCUUUGGCGAGGGAAAGAACGAGAGAGGAGAGAUGAGGUGAGGGCUGAGCCUGGGGAUUGGAGGAUGUUGGCAACUAUACACUCCUGGUCUACAGAAGUAUGCAGCUUACUGGGCGCUCUAGCAAUCACGAACCAGCACUGGUGGUGUAGGACAGACCACAGCUGUGGAAAGAGCUAGACACACGCAUCUAGCUUCCUAGAAGUAUAGUGGAGGUAAGUGAAUGAGUUAGCUCCAUGCCUGGAGAGGGAACUUUCCACACUUCUCUGCCCUAUUUGACUUUGUGUGAGUGAGUGUACAUUUAAGUGUAUGCACACACAUUCCUGUGGUAAAUGUGGGCGUGCACUUGUCAUAGCACGUGUGUGGAGAUCAGCAGACAACCUUGUGUGUUGGUUCUUACCUUCCACCUUUGUUUUGAGACAGAGUUUCUCUGUAAAACCCUGGCUGUCCUGAAACCUACUCUGUGGAGCAAGCUGGCCCUGGACUCAGAAAUCCACCUGCGUCUGCCUCCAGAGUUCGAGUGCUGGGAGUAAAGGCACGAGUGACUCUGCCCCUGCCUUACCUUCCACCUCCAAGCAGGGUUUCUGCUGUUUUGAUGUUCCCUACACCAGCCCUUAAGUUUCCAGCAAGACUCCUGUCUGCCUCUCAUUUUCUAAGGGCUAGGAUUACAAAUGCUCCCCACCACACCUCUGGCUCUUACACGGAUCCUGGGGAUUUGAACUCAGGUGCUUACACUUGUCCAACAAACACUUUUAUCCACUCAACUACCUCUUACCCCCUCCUCCCAUUGAUUUUUACAUCCGGGCAAGAGUCUGUAUCAUAACAAUGGCCAACACUGACUGACUACCGUCAAGCACCACCUAGGGCUUUUUAUUACAUAUCAGAAUUCCUUAAAACCCUGUGAGACAGGUACUUUCUAAAGAUCAAAACAAAACAACUGAAGCAAUGAAGUAACUUGUUUACACAACUAGGAACUGACAGAGUCAAUAUCGCACACCCCAUGUACUGAUGAGUUUAUUUUGCAGUGAGCCAAACAGGGUGAGGCUCCAGCUCAGCUGCUGACUGCUGCAAGCUUAGACAGGCCAUCCUGAAAGUGUAUAUGCACUCAGGAGUAUAGUUUGAAAGCUAUGAAUAUGUUCACUAUCUCAAUUAAGGAGAUGGUUUAAUAGGGGAAUAGAAGGAUAUCCAAAUGUACUGAGUGGUAUACUUUAUGUACAAUUCACCAUGUGUCAAUUAUUCCUUAAUAAAGACAUUUUAAAAAAUAGACCGGGGUUGGGGAUUUAGCUCAGUGGUAGAACACUUGCCUAGGAAGCGCAAGGCCCUGGGUUUGGUCCCCAGCUCCGGAAAAAAAAAAAAAGAAUAAAAAAAAAAUAGACCACAUAGUGGAAGUAUAUAAUGGAAGAAAAAUAUUUGUAAUUUUUCUAUAAUAACUAUCAUUUAAUCCUAUGUGAUUCCAUCACAGUGUUCAAAGUCUGAUGCAUACAAUUCAUGGUCAUUUUGACUUUAGCAUUACUCUGACAAUUGAGAAUCUUGCUAUGCUUCAAAAGAAAAUGUCUCCAGGUUAAAACUAAAAGAUACAAUGACUCAAGAAAUGUUUUAUAAUCCUACAUUACUAGAACUAGGACAAGAGUGCAAAGAUGUUGCUUAUGACAACAGGGUGUGUUUGCUGAAGUUAAAUAUUUAAGCCUACCAUAAGUGGCAUAGUAGCACACACCGCUAACCCGGGACUGAAGAGACAGAGGUAGGCAGAUCUCUGAAUUUAAAACUAACCUGGUUUGCAUAGUGAGUUCCAGGACAGCCAGAGCUACAUAGUGAAACCAUGUUUCUAAAACAAAAACAACAAAGUAAAUUUUAUAGACUAAAUAUGAAACAAUUUCACCCUUAAAAACUUUUAGGGGCUUCUCUUUUCUCCAAAAAGUACAACCCCAAAACAAAGGUCCAUAUCUCCAUGUCUUCUCUGUUCCAGAGACAGUGGUCCCUUUCUGUUCCUUUGAAGCCAAGUCUUCUCACCUAGGCCCUUCAGUCUUCCCUGGCACUUUCCUCCCCAGACCUGCAGGCUCUACCAAUGCCAGGACACCGCUUGGCUACCCAGAACGCAGGUGAAGUCUUCCUUCCCUACCCUCAUUACACAUAUUAAAGCUUCACCUCCAAUGUGUCCUUGCCCUCUGUGAGGGUAAGGUGGUGCCAGCUUCCCACUGUGUCCUACACCUUCUGUAGCUGGGACACAAAAGGUGUCCCAAACACUUGGGAUGUCACGUCAUCAUUUUCAUAGUUCUGUAUCCCCAAAUAAAGAUGACAUCAACUCUGGGUGAAGGUCAGCUUCCAAAAGGAAGCGGGCUUUCAGAGACAGGAUCUAUAAUCCACAGAAACAUCAUAAGCCUGUUUAAGCAAAAUGAGAGUGGGUGAGUUCAGUGAGUUCUUUAAAUUUUCUAUGGUGUGGAGCCCCUGGCUCACCCAGAUUCUCAGGUGUUGCUAGUCUGCGAGCAACACAAGGACUCAGGCAACAUCACAAAGAAAGUACACACAAACGAUGUCGCAAUCACUUGAGCCCUUUAUACAUUCUCCGUUCAUUUAAUUUCCCACAGCUUUAGAAACAGCUCCUCCCAUCCUGCCCCACAUCCUUUCCUCCACCCUUAGUCUUCCUCUCCUUCCCAUUUCCCUUCUUCCUUUUUCCUCUUCUAGUCCCUCCCCCAUUCUUUGUUUCCCUCCAUCCAAGGUUAAUGCUGAGGAUUGAAUCCAGGACACCAUGAAUGCUAGCCAAAAACUUUACCACACCUUCAGCCCUCUUUUUGUUAUUGGUGGUGAUGGACUUGUGUGCAGAGGUUAACAAAGUGUCUUCCACAAUCACUCUCCAUUUGAUUCUUUGAGACAAUGUAUCAUUUGAAGCUGGAAGUUUGCUAAUUACACUGUCUGGCCUGCAAGCCCAGGGAUCUUCCUGUCUCUGCCUCCUUGUGCUAGAUUUCGGGCUGCUGUCACCAUGCCCAGCUUUUAUGUGGGGCUAGGAAUCAAACCCCGGUCCUCGUGCUUGCACAGGUUACAGCCCAAGCCCUCUCCUCACUUUUGGAGAUAGGGAUGCACUAAGUUGUCCAGGUUGGCCUUGGUCAUACUCUGUACAGAGUAGCAGGCAGGAUUCUAGGCCACUUGAGUAGCUGGGAUUACAGGCAAUUGUCUGCUUGGUUGAACUGGGUGCUCCUCUCAUUUUGUAAAGAGAGAAUGCAACGGCUCAGGGAGGGACGUAAUUACUUGCCCAGAGUCACACAGCCAGUGAGAGGCAGGACUUCUCCAAGCAGAAGUUUCAUGUGAUAAUGAAACAAAGGUUUGAACGGCAACUGUUUUGUAAGCCAACACAUUUCAUUGGAAAUGCUCCAAAUCUUCCCCUGCCAAGUAUCAGUGCUGCUGUGCUGGGCUCUGGGGGACUAGCUAGUUCCUCUCUGUCCCUUCUUGCUGCUCUGAUCUUUGUGGCUUCAGUGAAUUUCCAUUUUCUUGGGGAGCGGUGGUCUCUGCCUCAUCAAUGGCCAAUGGCUGUUCUUGCUCUUUUCAUCUCCUCCAGGCAACUGCUCCCCAAAGUCUCUCCUUGGCCCUCUCUUCCUCACUCCACACUUUCUCUGGGCCAACCACUCAAACCUGUCUGUCCGGCUCAGCACUCUCUGUGAGGGGGCACACCCAGCUCCCAUAGUCACUGCUCCUCCCAGAAUGUAACCCUUGCUCCCAGAUCCCAUCAGCUGAGAAGCAAUGUACUCUCCCAGGUAUCCAGGGAUCUGCUGUGAUCUCCAGUCCUUCUGCGAGCUUGCCAGGCUCUCUUGCCUUUGUCUAACACAACUCCUCUCCUCCCACCUCCACUCAAGGUACUUCCAGCUCCUUGGUGUCUGACCUUUGACCCUCCUCUAUGAAGUCCUUCCUGUCCCCCUUCCCAAUCAGAUGUGGCUCUUCCUUGUGAGAAGACUCUAUGGAGAACCCAGGCUAGAUUCCCUGGGCAAAAGCUGCUACCACACUUGCUUUGAUUUUCAUUCUGCCCCAGUCAAAAAGGAUCUAGUCCCAGGAGUGGGAACAAGGUCCAUACUGUGCCUUCUGGUUGUACCAGUCACUUAAAAGUUUCCCCAUCUGGAAAAGAUAGUAGUGGAAUGGCUCCACACUCCCCAAAUGCACUCAUUUAAGUACUACCAGGCUCCCUUUACACUUACAAGCCAGUACUCUGCAUGUUUAUUGACUCUAAGGAAACAACAUUGUUCAUCGAGAUCGGAAAACCAAUGUCACCUACAAUAUAGAUUUGGGGGAGGGAUGGCAACCAUGUAGACAAACACAUAACUGAUGUGCAUGCAGCCUCAAAUCCUCAUAAGUAAAAUUCUAGAGAACAAAAAUCAGGUCAUCAAAAGUCUUUGUCAAAGAUAGAUGGGAAGGCAGAGGGUCAGAGUGUUCGAUAUCAUUCUUGGCACCACGUCUCAAAAGACAAACAAAAACAAGAGAAACCCAAGCUAACACUUAUACAAGUGUUGAGGACAGAUUUUGGUCAGUAAUAAAUUUUGCCAAGAGUCUGAUUUCAACUUCUAUGUGUGGAAAAGGACCUAGACUUCUACAGAAAGGAUGAGGGUACAGGGAGAGGGACAAGAAGGACUUCUACAGGGUCAUCCGGGAAGUAAGAAAAUUUAAGAGUGGUUGGUGUAAACAAGACUGGCUACUGUGUGCACAGAGAGCCGGCAGUGAUCAGUCAAGAUUCCACCUUCUAAAGGGGACUUGGAGCCAGAGGCCCUAAUCUCAGAUGUGGGCUAGGACAGUCAGUCCUUUGGCAACCUUGGAUUUUUCAGGCAGGGAUUUUAAGGGAGGUGGGGGUCAUCUUAGAGACACAGUCUUUACAGAUCUAGGCUGGAAAAUGCUCAGAGGAAACAGUAUAGAGGUUGGUAAAAGGCAAUUUUGUAUCUGUGUUUAGCUAAGAUGUAAAGAUUAAAAAAAAAAAUCCAAGCCUUUAACCAUAGCACUUGGGAGUCCAAGACAAGUGCAUCUCUGUGAGGUGGAAGGCUACAUAGUGAGUUCUAGGACAGUCAAGAAUAUAGAAUGAAACCUUGCCCAAAGAAAGAAAACCCAUCAGUCAGAAAUAAUAUGCUGGGUAACACACAGCAGUGCACACCUGUAACCCCAACAUUUGGAAGGUUAAGAACACAAGUUUGAGGCCAGUCAGCUAUAAACUGUUUAUAGAGAGAACUCUGUUUCUAGGUUCUAACCACAACUAAGCCACCUUUCACCCAUGCCUCUCCUACCAAUGCCACUGGGCCACAGAGCUGAAUCUGGGUAAAACUGUGAAGCUGCACUGUGUCCUCAGCUCUAGCGCCAACACUAGGUCCACUUGACAGGGUGCCUGCACUUUCUCUCUCUGGAAGCUCAGCCGUAACUGGGAUAUAGCCUGGAGUUUUAGGUGAGCUGUGUGUCAUGCUUCAUGUUUUUAAUCCCAGCAUUUGGGAGCCUGGGACAGGAGGAUCCUGAGUUUAAGGGCAGUCAAAGCUAUGUUGCAAGGUCUUACAACAUAAGUAACAAAAAAGAAAAAAAAAAGGAAAGAAAAAAAUGUUUCUAAGUGAUCCCCAUGAGCGAGCCAGGUUGUCAGGAGGCUUUCUAGCUGUCAUCAUCUUUGAUCCUUACAGAUGUCCUGUGAGAACGACGGGCACUUGAACAUGUCCCAGUAUUGGAGAAAUAAGCCCAGGGGCAAAGGUUCAUGUAGGUGAGAAGAUAUGGGACCUCCAGUUCUGAAUCUGCCCCAAAGUGAUUGCUCUACCAGGAGGAGCAAGAUCCAGAAGGUGAAUGACCAUGUUCCCCGGAAAAGAAGCUAGUGGCUUGGUUUAAUUUCUCAUGGGUAUUAAGUCAUUUGUAUCCCUAUUGCACACAUAAAAGAGGAGCUUUAGCCACCGGAUCAAAACCCGCGUCAGGGAACCCCAGGGAGCUAGGCAGGGUGGCUUCCUCUCCUGGAUAAACUGUUGCCUAAAUAGGCCAGAAGGGUCUGCAGUAUUCUGAUAGCGCUGCAGCAGCCAGUCCACGCCCACAUUUUUUCAGUAGUCUUAAUCGUGGCAGCCGUUGAAAGCAGCCUAGAGAAGUAGAAGAUUGGACCGCCUGGUUUUGUUCGCUUCAGCACCCGUUAGAGCUGCAAUAUUGGACCGAUGGCUCUGCCUUGGUCCAUUUGUGCACUGAUAUGUGCGUUGGGGGAUUCCCACUCCCAAGAAAAAGAGAGAUCACUGCCUAUCCUUGAAAGACUUAGGAAGAUGUCACUGUUCACAUAUGACAGACGUCAUCACUGCUCACAGCUGGGAGACGUCACCCCUCACCCUUGGGGUACUUAUGAGGUUUCCAGCUGUGGGCAGUAGAGAGGCCGGCGUCCAAACUAAGGCCACCUGAAGGCCGCCGUUCACAUCUUCAAAGGCUAAGGGGGUCACCCAGCCUUCAAGAUGCCUAGGGGGAACCAGCAACCACAGGAUCUCGACACCACCGCAGAAGGCAGCCAUCCACUCCAACACCCUCAAAAAUGCAACAAUCCGAGGCAGACCCCAGAGCACACCCCCGCAGUGACCGAACAGAAGGCGGCCACACCCCGAGGCAGAGGCCGGGUGGGGCCAGCACGCACGCUGCCCUUCCAGUCCAAGCUCUCCUCCGCCCAGGGUUCGCGCACACGAGGCCCUCCUGCAAGCCAGCGGAUCUCAGAGCGGCCUAACCCCGGGGACCCACGCAAGGGCAAGGGGCCAGCCUCGGGGCGGCGUGACAGCCGGCAGCGGCCAACCUCCACCACGAAGCCCGAAUCCUCCACGCCGAAAACCCCCGCCACCGAGCAUCCCAACAUGGCCCGUGGCGGCAAUCAGAACUGGAGCUCCGGGGAGUCGGACGGCCAGCCAGAGGAGCAGACUUCCGAGGAGAACGGAGACAAGAUGGUGAAGGAGACCCAGUACUAUGACAUCCUGGGGGUGAAGCCCAGCGCGUCCCCGGAGGAGAUCAAGAAGGCCUAUCGGAAGCUGGCGCUCAAGUACCACCCAGACAAGAACCCGGAUGAGGGCGAAAAGUUUAAACUUAUAUCCCAGGCAUAUGAAGUACUUUCAGAUCCAAAGAAAAGAGACAUCUAUGACCAAGGUGGAGAACAGGCAAUUAAAGAAGGGGGAUCGGGUAGCCCCAGCUUCUCUUCACCCAUGGAUAUCUUUGACAUGUUUUUUGGUGGUGGAGGGCGGAUGACUAGAGAGAGAAGAGGCAAGAAUGUUGUACACCAGCUGUCAGUAACUCUGGAAGACUUAUAUAAUGGAAUCACUAAGAAACUGGCCCUCCAGAAAAAUAUAAUUUGUGAGAAAUGUGAAGGCAUUGGUGGGAAGAAGGGAUCCGUGGAGAAGUGCCCUCUGUGCAAGGGGCGGGGGAUGCAGAUCCAUAUCCAGCAGAUCGGGCCGGGCAUGGUGCAGCAGAUCCAGACUGUGUGCAUCGAGUGCAAGGGCCAGGGCGAGCGUAUCAACCCCAAGGACCGCUGUGAGGACUGCAGCGGUGCCAAGGUUACCCGAGAGAAGAAGAUUAUCGAGGUACACGUGGAUAAAGGUAUGAAGGAUGGGCAAAAGAUACUGUUUCAUGGAGAAGGAGAUCAGGAGCCUGAGCUGGAACCUGGUGAUGUCAUAAUUGUGCUUGAUCAGAAGGAUCAUAGUGUCUUUCAGAGACGAGGCCAUGAUUUGAUCAUGAAAAUGAAAAUUCAGCUCUCUGAAGCUCUUUGUGGCUUCAAGAAGACAAUAAAAACGCUGGAUGAUCGAGUCCUCAUCAUUUCGUCUAAGUCAGGGCAGGAAGAGGACUCUCAAGUCAGUCUUUUGAGCCUGAAAUUUUAUCUGGAAUCUUCUAGCUAAUGUAAACGUUUGAGUAGUAGAGCACAGCUGGCAACAGGUGAGGUGAUAAAGCAUGGAGACCUCAAGUGUGUCCGCAAUGAGGGGAUGCCCAUCUACAAA